UGUAAAAUCUAACUCACAAUUUGUACCAUUGUUAUUGAAAAGAUCUAUUGUUAUUGUAUUUGUUCAUAAUAGUUACAAUUUGUUUUGUUUUUUAAUUUGUGGUAAAAUGGAUAAUAUUUUAGGAUACAUGGAUGGAAGAUUCGAAGUGUCAUUAGCAGAUUCAACAAUGAUGUCAAUAGUUCACAAAGCAAUGAACAAAGCUCAAGAGAAAAUGAAUACAAAAACAGGAGUUCUUGAAAGGUUGAAUGAGAUAUCAAAAUUUUAUGAAUUGGCAGUGAUGCAACUUGAAGGUUGUAUAACCAUAGUUCAUGCCGAGACCGAAAGUAGUUAUCUCGAAAGCAAUCACGAAAAACUACUCGACGACUUGGAAGAAAUUAAAGAUCGUCUUCAAGGACGCCUCGAGGAAUCCGAAUCGAUUAUUUUAGAGAAGGAUAGAGAGUUGUCACAAAGAUUGAAAAAAAAUCAAACAACUAGUCACCACAAUAAAGUAAGGAGUGAUGGUGAUUUAUGUGAUUUGAGGAGUAGUAUGGAUCAACAAAUGUUGAAUAUGAAGCAAAGACUUGAACCACAACAAGAAAUAGUGGAAAAUGUGGUAACACAACCACAAAAUAUUGUUAAUGACACAAAAAAGAUUGAAGAGAUGGGUUCUGAUAUUGAUGUAUUAAAGCAAACUAUGGAUCUUGCUUUUGGUAAGAUGCAAAGUGCUAUUUUUUCAUGUGAGAUGAGGCCAAAAGAGAGGCAAUGGAAGUUGAAAAUUGAAAAAGAUAUGAUUUCUAUAUUGAUUAAAAGUUUCAUGAGUGAGUUCCAAGAGAAAAUUGAGAUAUAUAAGAGAGUUAUUAUCAUUAAUAUUCAAAGUUAUUAUUUUCUUCCUUACUUUUAUCUAAAAUCCAACAAUUUCAACAAGGUAGAAGCUAGAAGGAAUGAGAAUCAUGUUCACAAAUGUUGGCAAAAGCAUUGGUCACAACUUAUGAAUGAGGUUGUAAGUUUAAAGAAUGAACUUGUCACUAUGCUUGAAACAUUUCCUGAGGAUUAUGAUUCUUCUGCCCUUUCUUCGCCGACAAAGUCUUCGUCUGAAGAAGGAACUCAUGACGCAUUUCGUCGAUUUUUUCAAAAGAUGGAAGAAAGAGAUCAUAAGGAGGGAGAGUUGUUAGUAGAAGAAGAGAAUGUAAAUCGAAGCUUAGUAGCUAAGAUGAUCAAGAAUCACGAAUCUAUUAUUCGACAAAAGAACGAAGAAUUGAAUCGGAUUAAACAUCGGAAAAAGGCAGCGUCGUCUAGGAAAAGAAAGGAACUAAGCAUCAUAGAAGAAAAAAUCCAUAUUUUAACUGAAAGAGUGGAUGAACUUAUAAAAAGGAAUGAGAAACAAAGUAAAUAUCUUUUCAACCAAAAAGCUAUUCAUGACAAGGAAACACUUCCAAGGAAAAAGUUAUCAUCAUCACAAGAAUAUGAGAUUGACUUGGAGAAGAUGAAUGAGUUGAAUGAAAACAUUGAGAGAAAUGAAAUCAAAAUGGAAAUUAGAGAAGACACAAAUUUUCUUGUCUCCUUUGAGGAAAUUAAGGAUAUCAAUUUCAAACAAGAAUUUGGCUUAUCUAAGGAACCUUUGGAAGAUGAAAUAGAUGGAACAAUCAAGGAAGAUAUAUGCAUGCUUGUAUUUAGGAAGACUAUUGAAGAAUUUAACAAAAUGAUGAAUGAGUUGAAUGAAAACAUUGAGAGAAAUAAAAUCAAAAGGAAAAUAAGAGAAGACACAAAUUUUCUUGUCUUUUUUGAGGCAAUUAAGGAUAUCAAUUCCAAUCAAGAAUUUGUCUUAGAUGAGGAAUAUUUAGAAGGCUUGAAAUCUCAUAAUCAAGAUAAUGAAAUAGAGGGAACAAUAAAGGAAGAUAUAUGCAUUCUUGUAUUUAAGAAGACUAUUCAAGAAUUCAACAAAAUAAUGAAAAUUUGCAAAGUGGACAAUGUAAUAGUUGACAAUAUAAUAAGAGAACAAAUAGAUCAAAUUGUGUUAGAAGAAACAUUGGAACAUUGUGUCAAAAUUUCAAAUAAUUCGUCAAGUGAUCAUCGAAAAAACAUCAAUAUUGUACAAGAUAAUUUAUCUACUAUGAUAUUAAAUCAAGUGCAAAAAGUUCAAGGACAAGAGAAUUUGACAAUUAUAUUGUUAGAGUCUUUACUUAGUUGUUUUGAAGCUGAGGAGAAUCUAAUGUUAAGUGCACAAUCUGAGAUUAAAGAACAUAGCAAACAGCUCGAUUUAGGUUCGGAACGCGGCGACUUACAUGAGCAUGAAAUAUUUGAAGAUUUGUUAACUGGUGAGGAAGAAACAUUUUCUUCACUAACAAGUAAGGUGGAAAAUGUUUUGCAACAAUUAGGUAUAAGUAAAGCACUUCUAAAGGGUUUAGGAACAAGCUUAGGACAUAGUCUACGUGAUUCAGAAAGUUUUCAUCACCAAAUUUUUGCUAAUGAACAAGAGCAAUUGGGUUUGUCUUCUUUUGAAUCUCCAACAUUUGUAGAAUUAGAGGCAAUGAUAUACCAGAAAUUGACAUUUGGAGAAUUUGAAGAAAUGGUAUACCAAAAAUUGGAGAUUUUAACUAUGAGGUUGGAAAAGAUGAAAUGUUGUGUGGAUUCAAUUAUUAAGAUGGUUGAUUGUUUGAGAAGAAAGGAGUUACUUUACCAAAAGGCCUUCAUUAUAAGAUGUCAGAAUCUCCAAAUUGCUGAAGCUGAGGUUGAUCUUCUUGGUGAUCAAGUGGAUGGACUUUUGACAUUACUUGAGAAGAUAUAUGUAACCCUUCAUAAGCAUGCACCAGCCUUGCAGCAGAAUUUUGAGGUCCUUAACAUUUUGGAGUUGAUAAAAACAGAAUUGAUUAGUGGAACUGUUCAAGCUGCAACCGUGGUGACUUAAACUAAUUCAUGUUGUAAUCUACAUUCGGAAUUAUGCAUGCUACUAGUGCCGAUUUCAA